AUGAAGAAAAGUUUGAGUAAUUUAAUUCCGAAUAGUUUUGUAAAGAAAUAUUCAUUCAGACCACCUGAUCCAGCAAAAUACACUUUUGAGUUUAGAGAUAGAAAAUAUCAUUUUUUUCCAAUAAUAAAAGGACAGAAGAAACAAAUUUUCAGUUAUUAAUUACAAAUAGACUCAUACAUACUAAAAAAUGAUAAAUUACACGUUCCUCUAAUUCAUUUUUCAGGGUAGAUGUUAAUGUAAAUAUAGAUUGUAAAAUGCGAAAACUGAAGCAUCAUUAUCAAAAGAAUGUUUAUUUAAUUCUAAGUCAUUUUAAUGUGAUACAGAGAAAUUAUCCCAGAGGAACAGGAUGCUAGUUAUAUUUUCUCAUGCAAAUGCAAGUGAUUUGGGAGAUGUAUAUUUUUUUGGUGAAAGGAUAAGUAUAGAAUAUGGGGUUGAUUUUAUUGCAUAUGAUUAUACAGGUUAUGGAAUAGGGUUUGGAUAAUAUAAAGUUAGUGAAUAAUAAACAUAUGAUGAUUUGUAAACUGUAGUAUCAUUUGCAACUAAUAGAUUAAAUUACUCUUUGAAUUAGAUUAUAUUAUGGGGUUUUUCAUUAGGUUCAGGUCCUGCUUCUGAAAUAGCUACACGUUUUUAUGGAUUAGCAGGUUUGAUAUUAUAAGCUCCCAUUGCAUCUAUAUAUAGUUGGUUUGGAGAAGGAGAUUAUGGAGAAUAGGACAUGUAUGUUAAUUAUAAGAAGAUUUAAAAUGUUAAAUGCAACAUAUUAAUAAUUCAUGGGGAUUAAGAUAAAAUUGUUGGUCAAGAGCACAGUGAGAAAUUGUACAAUACAUAUUUGCAAAAUAAUAAUAGAGAGAAAAUUCAAUUGAUAAUAGUAAAGGAUGCUGGACAUAAUGAUUUAUAAUUUUAUAUAGAGAGAGGAGAGGAUGAAUUGGGAGCUUAGAUUCGUCAUUUUUUAAGGUAAAAAGGAGCAGGAUAUAGUGAGUAUGAGAAUACAUUAUUGAAAAAAUGUUAUUUGAAAGAACACAUUCCUGGAUAAAAUAUUUAUUAAUGUAAUUCAUUAAAAAAGUUUUCAUAUUCUUAAGAAAUUUAGUUGAAGAAAACACAUAGUUUAUUCUCUUUUUGUACUUGUGAUUGA